AUGAGUGAAUUUCCUGGAGAUCUCGGCAGGAGUUGGAAUGGAACUCCUCCAGAAGUUCCGAAUUAUUUAAUCCCAACAGACUUACCUAAUUUUUCUUAUCCAAAUGACUACGCAGCGAAGUUUAACGCCGAUCCAUUAACAAUGCUAAUUGAAGCCAUUAAAACAGAUUCGAAUAAUGCACAUCUACAAAACCUGGGUCCAUACUUAUUCUAUUGCAAGGGAAUAUAUCCAUCAACAGUUUCGAAAUUAAUUUUUAGUCCUCAAUUUCCUUUCGAUUUGAAGUCAUUUCUUUACUUUUAUUUCAACUCUAUAAUACACGACUUCACUAGUUUAUCAGAUUCUGUCUACUAUUGCUUUUCGAGAAUUGCUUUUCCCGAUAAUAAAGAUGAAAUUCAACUUAUCCUUGAUAUGUUCUCAGGAAUCUAUCUCACUUGCAAUCCAUCAUUCGAAUAUGAUAUCCCAACGCUCUCGAAUCUACUAAAGGCGUUGUUGAUUCAGUCUGGCUUCAACGUUCCAGGCAAAAAGUUCCCGAAAUCCAAAUAUCUUGAGCUGACCAAUAACAAUAAGAUACCAAGGCCAUUCAGAGAGCGUGUUUUUGAUGAUUUGGAAAAUCGUCCAUUCCCUGUAUUUUUCACUUUUACAAAUUUCAACAAACCACCAGAAUACGAAAAGCGUGGCAUGCUUAAGAAGAUCGGUGGUCUCUUCAAGACCAAGAACGAUCGUUGUUUCGCAAUAGAUGGCUUCGUAUUGAAAUAUUAUAACGACAAUACAAUGAAAGGUCUCAUAGGAGAGCUUGAUAUACCUGGUACUAUAUCAUCCUAUGAACCAGCCCAGAAAAAGGAACCUGAACACCUCUUAAUUCGUAAAAAAGAUAGUGGCUCUCUUGGAUAUAAGAUAUCUAAAGAAGGUGUCCGUAAAAAGAGCAACCAUUCUGACUAUAUAGCUUACUCCGAUCAAACUGAUAUUACUUCUUGGGCAAAUAAUCUUAAUUUGAUCGCCUUUUGGAAACUUGUAUAUGAUCUUAUUCAAUAA